AUGCGCCACCUCCCGACUGGCCAGCAGCUGUGCGUGGCCGUUGACGAGGAGCCCGCCGCCGUCGCCUGCGUGGAGCGGCUUGCCAGCGACCUGGCUGACCUGGUCAAGCUGACCGACUGGGGGACCCCAGAACUGCUCAACAGCGACCCGGCGUGUGCGACGGAUGCUCCAGUCAUGUACUCGGAGCCCAUGCUGAGACGGUUCUCUGAGGCGAAGUGCAAGCUGGCCGUACUUGAGACAAACGCGCCCCCGCGUUUCGAGGUUCAGUACGGGGCCCAACUUGAGUCGGUGCGCAAGGCUUUCAAGGACGUGGCCCAUCGCACGUUCCUGGCGGCGAACGAGCGGUACUUCACCAUGUUCGCGGGAGCAUUGCGUCUCGCUGCAGAUCGCCGCUGGGACGACGCGCACAGCAAGCUCAACGCCCUGAGGGCCGUCCUCAAGUGGGACAUCGGUCAGCUCCACGGACCAUUCCUCACUUCAGGCGACGCCCUCGAAGCGCUGGUGGACUGGAGGGCACAGCUAGCGGAGCCCAUAAGUCAGUGGUAUCAGGGCAUCGCUUUGCUCGCGAGAUUGUAUGCAGGGAAUGCUAUGGACGACGAUGCCGAUACCGCCGACGUUGGCGACGUCAUGACUAAUAAGUUCGACGAGGUCAUGGUGUUUGUCGACAGCGUGCUACUCACGGAGUGCCCUUGGGAUAAGCCGUCUGGGCCCGAUGCCAGCUUUCAGGCGGUAGCUCACACGGCACCUGUCCAGGCGGCGUGGUCCCCCGCUUGCAUUGCGUGCACGCGUGGCAUCAUGGGAUGUUGCAAGGUCUUACUGGAACAGUACACGCCCGCGCAUGUCAUUGCGACGGCACGCCGCCUCGACGCAGACGACGCGACGGCAUGCCGCUGGGGCGAGGAACUCGACGCCGCGGCGGGCCUCAGUCGCAGCAAGGACGACGCUGAUGCGCUCGCUGACACGUGUGCUCUCGUGGAUUCGAUAUUGCAGCUCAGGCGCUGUUUCGGCUUCAACGGACUUUCUGAGAAGUGGCGCAUCAAGCUCGCCGCCACCGCGGUCGGACUCGUCACCACUGGAGCCAACGUGCACCACAGUCAGCAGCCGCCAACAUGCGACCCAGACCAGCAGCAGUCCACUGUCCAGGCGGCAGAGACGGCGACGCCAUCACCUGAGACAGAGGGCGCCGUGCCCGCUCAGGCGUUAGCCGGGGGCGCCCAGCCCGUUCAGACUCAGGCGGCAGAGACGGAAACGCCAUCCGGGACAUCCAAGGACAUCCAGCCCGUGCGAGCAGCAGCACCAUCGCCUGGAUGCGCCCGCACCGCCAGUGAGGCGGACCUGCCGACGCAUGACGCGGCGCAGCAGUCGCAGCCCCCCCCGCAAGUUGCGCUGACGGGCAGCCAGCUGGCUCGCAUCGCGGAGAAUCGCGCAGAAGCUGCUGCCCGCCGCCGCGUCAAGCAGCGGAAGGGACCACCCGCCGUUCAGGCCGCGGCAGUGCACCCCGCCCCCGCUCCCGAGUCAGCCAGUGCAGCCGGUGCAGCGCCAGCGCGCCCAGGGCCCGCCGCCGCCAGUGACGCCAGCGUGGCCAUUGCCGAGGCCGCCGUGGCGGCAGCAGCAGCCUGUGGUGCUGGUAGUGCUGGAGCGGAGGCCGAGGCGACAGCAGCAGUGGCAGCGCUCUCAGAACCCGCUGGCGGCGACCCUGGUACUGCCGGCGAUGCUGCUGAUACCCAGGCGAUGGCACUGGGGACGUCGACGCCGCGCGACGGCGAGGAGGGCGAUGGCCGCGAUGGCGAGGGCGAGGCGUCGCUGCCCCUGGCCCAGACCCUCAACGCCGACGUGGUGAUGCUGACGGCGCGGCUGUGCAAGUUCGCCGGCGGGCUGCAUGAGGCGCGCGUUCGUUUCGAUGCCCUGCUGUUCGCGAGCGCCGACCCCGAGCAUCGCAUGGCCCUGGCGAACGAUGUGCGCCUCGCUGUCGAUGCCGCCGUCGCCCUCUACGAGGCGUCCGUGCAGGCUGGCCGCGACGCAGAGACCCUCUCGGAAGUGCCUCUGAGGGCCAGGAUGGCCAUCCACUGCUUUGGCUCGGCCGCGUACGAGGCAGGUGACCAGGUCUUAACCAAUGCCUGGGAGCUGGGCCAGUCAGUUCUCAGGCUGGUACGCCGUCACCUGAGCGAGGCAGUGGCGCAGGUCGUGAUCGGCGGCGGCGACGGCCCAGGAGACGGCACCACGCUGAACGACUUCCUCAGCGCCCAGACCGUCGUCGACACGAGGGACAAGGUGGCGAUCCUGAAGACCUGCGACACCGAGCUCGGCCGGUCGCUCUACCGCGACGUGCGGUUCAUGCUGGAGCACCUCUUGCCGCUGCUCAACCGGGUGGACGAGGCGUGCGUCGGCCAGAACGCCACGCCGCACGCUGUGGCUGCAGAUCCCGCAGUCGUGGCGGCGUGCCGCCUGGCGAGCAGCAUGACGCUGCUGCUGACCAUGUUCCGCCCGGCGCCAGCCGCAGCGGACGGCAGCAGCAGUGGCAUCCAGCAGGUGGCCGAGACGGUCCGGAAGGUCUCCGCGGUGUUUGCCGCAAAGGGGUGUGGGCUCUUGUCUCCGCACCCUGCGGUCGCGGCGUCCGUGGCGGCGCUGCUGGAGACCGCUGACCGCGCGGCCGCCGAUGCCACAGCGGCGGCCGAGGCGCCCGUGGUGGUGGCUCGGAAGCGGGCUCGCCGCGGCAGCGGCAGCUUCGCGAAGAAGGCGCCCGAGCUGGAGGGCGAUGCCAUCGACGUCGAGUGA